AUGGCAUUGUCAAUGUUACCCGAAGACGAAUUACCAGACAUGAUGAAAUCAGCCAGCUUUGAUCUGAAUUUCAGUCUGGGGACCAUUCUUGCAAAAAAAUACAUGGGAGUUGAUAGAUUCAACGAGUUUCGUGAUGAAGAACACGGGUUCUUACAAGAAAGAGGCAGAACCUGGAAAUCCGUGUUUCGGCCAGCCAAAAGAGAGAUCGUGACCAUGAUGGCUGGAGAGAAUCCCACCACCAAGCACUUAACCCUAAGGUUCACAAUGUCGAAGUCACAAUUAAGAAAUGCCCACAGAAGAUAUGCGAAGGAAAAUCCAUGGAUGAAGUAUCCUUUCAUGGCAAAAUAUACUCCAGACGAGAUCGAAGAGAUGCUGGAAAUAGACGAGAGGGCCAAAGCAGCAUUCUUAGUUAGACCCCAAACCGCUGCCACUUUGUUGGGUGUGGCCAUUCCCUUGCUGAUGAUAUUGACAUUGACUAUAUCAUUGACUCUGUGUCCAAGUCUGAUGAAGAAACACCUGGAUCUUUCGCUUGAAUCGGUUUGUUUCUUCGAUCUAAUCCUUGCUAUGUUAGCUGCUGGAAUAGCAUUUUCCAGCUGUCGAACGGUAACUGUUAACAGAAAAUCAAAGACAACUCCUGUUUUUGUGAUUUUCUGGAAGGUGAUGAUUAAAAAACGGCACGAGUAUAUAUUUCUCUACGACUGGCUCGGAGACUCCAUCGACUCGUAUCUGGCAGAGAGAGAGGGAAGGGCAAGUAUGGAUGGCUGUCUGGACUACAUUGGCACUUUAUAG